UACGCCGCUCCAAACCCAUUGUUCGGAUGAAAGCUGUUUUUGCGGUGCCCUCAAUCUCCUUUUGAUAGCAGAAAGUUCUAAAAAAUGACCAUGUUACCGGCUCAGGAGGCAGCUAAGAUCUACCACACCAACUAUGUCAGAAACGCCCGCGCCGUGGGCGUUCUGUGGACCGUGUUCACCAUCACGUUCGCCGUCAUCACGGUGGUGGUGUUCAUCCAGCCCUAUUGGAUCGGCGACAGCGUCAACACGCCCCAGGCCGGUUACUUCGGUCUCUUCCACUACUGCAUCGGCAACGCGCUCACCUCGGAACUCACUUGCAAAGGAAGCGCCCUGGACUUCGGCUCCAUCCCGUCCGGGGCUUUCAAGACGGCCAUGUUCUUCGUGGGUAUUUCCACUCUGCUGGUGGUGGGCAGCAUCGUUUGCUUCAGCCUCUUCUUCUUUUGCAACGCGGGCAGUGUGUACAAGAUCUGCGCCUGGAUGCAGUUGGCCUCCAGCGCUUGCAUGGUGAUCGGCUGCAUGAUCUACCCCGACGGCUGGGACUCGGAGGAGGUGAAGCGAAUGUGUGGCCAGCGGACCGAUAAAUACACCCUGGGCAACUGCACGGUGCGCUGGGCCUACAUCCUGGCCAUCAUUAGCAUCAUGGACUCACUCAUCCUGGCUUUCUUGGCUUUCAGCCUGGGCAGCAGACAGGACAACCUGCUGCCCGAGGACUUCCAGGUGGAGGAGAAAGAUAAAGCAUGAGUCUACAAGAAACCGACUGCCGUAGCGAGACAAUUUGAGUCCGUACGAGUUCACCGUGUCUACAUUGAAUUUGCCCUCAACAAACCCCUACUUGGAUGAAAGUUUGCUGUGUUUUUCAAAAGAGAAAUGUUCUAGAACUGAUGUCACAAAAUACAUAGAGAACUGAAUCAAUUUUCAAAGAAAAAAAGUCAUUGACUUGCAGAAUGGAAAAACAAGCAAUAAAAUUGACCGCACUGUUAACGGAAGCUUACCAAGCUCAAAAACACCAAAAUUUAGCUUAAUAUCAGGGGCUUACAUAUCCGCACCUCCUUGACAAGAGUGUGCAGCACCCAUCUGGAGGCGCGCUGCUCUCGCUGUUGGUUUUUAUUGGUCAAUAUCUGAGAGAAGGCGAGAACUAAAAGUGGUAUUUUUACAUAUGGCAAAAUGUCUUUUAACAAUAGGGCGUUCUUUUUUGGCAUGCGGUA